CGGGCGCGAGGGCCGAGCGCGGGCAGGACCCGCGCCUCUUCCUCGGCUUUGGCUAGGGGGAGGGAAUCCUCAUCUGCGACAGUUCCCUGUAGCCCAGGCUGGCUCCGAGCUUGCUGUUUUCCAGCUCACCACUGUCAUUAAUACCUUGACUUUUAUUUUUUUAAGUUUGCCUGUGUGGACCCGCUUGUGACGAUCGGAGGAGCACUUGUGAGAGUUCUUUACUUUCACGUGGGACCACGCCUGAAAUCGCCUUUAGUUAGGCCCAGUCAUUUUUUUAAAAAUUAUUAUUAUUUACGUGUAUGUGGGUAUGUGCCCGGCAGUGGUGUGCUGUAAGCGGGAAGUGCAAGCGAGUGUUGGAAAUUGAACUUAGGUCCUCUGCAAAAACAGUCCAUCCACUGAGCCACCUCUCCAGCCCAAAGUAUUUUUUAAGACCUCCUGCAGGUGUCACCACCUACCUCAAGAAAUCCAUGGCUAGAGGCUAAAUAGGGGUGUUUACACCCUAUUUACAAAACAACGGUUUGUACAGCCAGCUGAAGUGAUUCAUUCAGGAAGGUGAAAGGCAUUUUGUGGGUUUGUUUGAGACUGGGUCUCUCUGUAGUCUCGGCUGUCCUGGAACUUGCUGAGUUGUGAGUUGCCUGGCCUUGAACUCACAGAAGUCUUGCUUCUGCCUCCAUAGUGCUGCGAUCAAAGGUGUGUGCCACUAUGCCUGACAGCGUUUAAUGUUUUUAAUUGGAGAGAGUUGGUAACUUGUUACCGUUGUGGAAACCACACAGAAAGAUGUAAGAAGGGAAGUCACUUUGAAGAUUAGUUUGGGUGAUGUCAGUAUUGUGAAACUGACUUCAUUCUAAAUCCAAAUAAGAAACUCCUGAGUUACUGCAAAGAAAUGGGCUCCUCUGCCAGGUAAUAAAUCACCUUGCUUUCUAGUGGCUACUCAAGGAGCCCAGGAGCGCUCGAGACCGGCCUUUGCCUUAACAGAGAAACCCUUUCCUGGGAAGCCCAGGGCGAAUUUGCUUUCUUGGCAAGGAGAGGCAGGCCAGGGCCUCUUCCUGCAUCUGGACUGUGUUGGUCUAGAUUUGCUUAGUGGUGCUGGGGAACCAACACUGGGCUUACCAUAGGCGGAAGCCCACACGUGCUAUAAAGAUUAUUAUGAUUGCCAGCUCCUGGCAGGAAUUGCAGUGACCCUCUCAUGCUGCUUCCCUCCCCUGCUGCUCCCAAUCCUCUCCCCCUCUCUUUUUCUUUUAAGCAGUAAUGGCAAGCAGGCACAGGCUGGCAAGCAGGUGCUUUGCCACUGAACUGUCCUCCCAGCAUUUCAGUUAUUUAGAAAAGUGAUCAAAAUAUCUCGCUUCAGUUUUACUCUGUAAAGGCUCUCAACAAUGGUAGAAUCCUCUUCUAGUAUUUUCCAGGGUUUAAGGUAGCCCAGGCUAGCCUGUUCCCAAGGCCUAGCCCAGAUGGCCUUGAAAUCCUGAUCCUCCUUUGUUUUAAUUUCCCAAGUGUUUGUUUUGUUGCUAUUGGUUAAUACAGGCUUCAUUUUGUAGACUAGGCUAACCUUGGGAGGUUAGAGACAGGAGUGGGCCCUAGAGGCCCAAGAGAAAGAAACAAGGAACAGCCAUGUGGGCUGAUUAAUGGUCAGACCUGGUAUUUGUUAGAAACUGGUGGGUACUCUCCUGUUUGUGAAGACUGACCGUAUCUGCCCUGCAACUCCCCCAUCCCAAUUCUAACCAUAGCUGCCUACUAGUUAAAAUACCAAUCACUAUAUAUAUAACUAAAAAUAGAGGACCAAGCCAGAAAUGUAUAGAAGUACAAUCUUGUGCUAUUAGGAACUCUGUACCCUCUGAGGCUGACCCUCUAGAGAUAGUCUGCCUCCUACUUAGAGCAGCUUGGCUAUCUCAUCCUUUGGUUUGAUCUCUUGCAACACUUGAAUUUGUGCUAGUCCCUUGCCACAGCCUCCCAAACCCAGGGAUUAUAGAUUUGAACCACCAAGUGUAGCUUUAGUUAUUACUUAUGUGUAUUUUAAAAGGAGAGGACUCACUUUUUGUUUGUGUUGAAAUGGUGCCUCAUGCAGUCCAGGAUAGCCCAAACUCUCUAUGUAUCUAAGGAUGACCCAGUUCUCUUGCUGACUCCCCAGUGCUGAGAUUACAUGCUUGAGUCACCAUAGUCAGACACCUAGUUUAUGUAGGGCUGGGGAUCAUAAUGACCCCGGGUUUAUAUGUGCUUGGCAAGCACUGUACCAACUGAGCCCUGGCACCAGUCUUUAUGACAGGAAUGUGUCAUUCCCCUGCGCCCUCCUUCUUUCAGUUUAAGGUUUUCAGAUUAAACAAAACUAGAAGAUUGCCUCCCAGACAGUACAGUCAAGCUGCUGCACAUCUCACGGCUCUGAGAGGAUGGUCUUUCCGUUUACUCUCUAGGCUUCAGGAGAAGGUGGAAGCUUUCUUUCCUAAAACAGUUCUGAGCCAAGGAGUGGACAACCGGUACCUGGUGCUAGCUGCUGAGACUGUGCAGAACGAAAGAGGAGAUGAAGAGAAGCGCUUGCUCAUCACUGCGUCCCAGGAGCUGGAGCCUGAGGAGCUGUGCAUCCUGAGGAAUGGCUGGUGUUCGGUGCCAGUGGAGCCCGGGGACAUCAUUCACUUAGAGGGAGCCCGCACGUCUGAGGCGUGGGUAAUCGAUGAUGACUCGGGGUAUUUUAUUCUGUACCCAGACAUGCUGAUCUCAGGGACGAGUGUCGCCAGUAGUAUUCGGUGCCUGAGAAGAGCUGUCCUGAGCGAGACGUUCAGGGUUUCUGAUCCGGCCACUCGCCAAAUGCUGAUUGGUACCAUUCUCCACGAAGUCUUUCAGAAAGCCAUAAGUGAGAGCUUUGCCCCAGAAAGGCUGCCAGAGCUUGCUUUUCAAACUGUCCAAGAACUAAAGCAUCUGAAGGAAAUGUAUCGCUUAAAUCUGAGUCAAGAAGAAAUAAAAUGUGAAGUUGAGGAGUACCUGCCCUCCUUCUCUAAGUGGGCCGAGGACUUCAUGAAGAAAGGCCCUUCCACGGAAUUCCCUCGUGUGCAGCUCUCUCUGCCAAGUGAUGGUAGUACCAGAAGUUCAUCUUGUAACAUUGAAGUGAUAAAGUCCCUGGAUAUUGAAGAAAGCAUCUGGUCCCCUAGGUUUGGAUUGAAGGGCAAAAUAGAUGUUACAAUUGGUGUCAAAAUACAUCGAGAUUGUAAAACAAAAUAUAAGAUUAUGCCACUGGAGCUUAAAACUGGCAAGGAGUCAAAUUCUAUCGAACACCGAAGUCAGGUGAUCCUGUACACGCUGCUCAGCCAGGAGAGACGGGAGGACCCUGAGGCCGGCUGGCUCCUCUACCUCAAGACCGGGCAGAUGUACCCUGUGCCAGCCAACCACUUGGACAAAAGAGAACUGCUGAAGCUCAGGAACCAGCUGGCCUUCUGUCUGCUGCACCGUGUGAGCAGAGCUGCCGCUGGGGAGGAGGCUCGGCUUUCUGCCUUGCCCCAGAUAAUCGAGGAAGAGAAAACCUGUCACUAUUGUUCACAGAUGGGCAACUGUGCUCUUUACAGCAGAGCAGUUGAGAAACACGUGGAUGACACUUCCAUCCCAGAAGGCAUGCUGUCUAAAAUCCAAGAAGAAACCCGGCACCUGAAUCUCACACACUUGAAGUAUUUUGGCCUGUGGUGUCUCAUGUUAACCUUGGAGUCACAGUCGAAAGAGAAUAGAAAGAAUCACCAAAAUAUCUGGCUAGCGCCGGCUUCCGAAAUGGAGGAGAGUGGCAACUGCGUUGGAAACCUCAUCAGGACCCAGCCUGUAAAGAGAGUUUGUGAUGGACAGCACUUACAUAGGUUUCAGCGGAAAAAUGGUUCUAUGCCAGUGACCAAUCUGAUGGCGGGUGACAGGAUUAUUUUAAGCGGAGAAGAGAGAAAACUGUUUGCUCUGUCUAGAGGCUACGUGAAGACGAUUAGCUCAGCAGCGGUGACCUGCUUGCUAGACAGGAACUUGUCGACACUCCCAGAAGCAACGUUGUUCAGAUUAGACCGGGAAGAAAAAAACUGUGAUAUAAAUACCCCAUUAGGAAAUCUCUCUAAAUUGAUGGAAAACUCGGAUACCAGCAAAAGACUUCGAGAAUUAAUCAUUGAUUUCAGGGAACCUCAGUUUGUAGCCUACCUCAGCUCCGUUCUUCCACAUGACGCGAAGGAUACGGUGGCCAACAUUCUAAAGGGUUUGAAUAAGCCCCAGAGGCAAGCAAUGAAGAAAGUUCUUCUUUCGAAAGACUACACACUCAUCGUCGGGAUGCCAGGGACAGGAAAGACAACCACAAUAUGCGCUCUUGUGAGGAUCCUCUCUGCGUGUGGUUUCAGUGUCCUGUUGACCAGCUACACGCACUCUGCUGUUGACAAUAUUCUCUUGAAGUUAGCCAAGUUUAAAAUAGGAUUUUUGCGUUUGGGCCAGUCUCAUAAGGUCCAUCCAGAUAUCCAGAAGUUUACAGAGGAGGAGAUUUGCAGAUCAAGGUCCAUUAAGUCCUUGGGCCAUCUAGAAGAACUCUAUAAUAGCCACCUUAUAGUUGCAACAACCUGUAUGGGAAUAAACCAUCCAAUAUUUUCCCGGAAAACCUUUGAUUUCUGUAUUGUGGACGAAGCCUCUCAAAUUAGUCAGCCCGUUUGCUUGGGCCCUCUUUUUUUUUCUCGGAGAUUUGUGUUGGUGGGGGACCAUCAGCAACUUCCACCUCUGGUUCUAAACCGGGAAGCAAGAGCCCUGGGCAUGAGCGAGAGCUUGUUCAAGAGGCUGGAGCAGAACAGGAGCGCCGUGGUGCCGCUGACGGCGCAGUACAGGAUGAACAGUAAGAUUAUGUCCUUAAGCAAUAAGCUGACGUACGAAGGGAAGCUGGAGUGUGGAUCGGACAGAGUGGCCAACGCGGUGAUGACCCUGCCCAACCUCAAGGACGUCAAGCUCAACCUGGAGUUCUAUGCCGAUUAUUCCGACAAUCCCUGGCUGGCUGGAGUGUUUGAGCCGGGCAAUCCUGUUUGUUUCCUUAAUACGGAUAAGGUCCCAGCUCCAGAACAAAUUGAAAAUGGUGGCGUGAGCAACCUCACAGAAGCCAGACUCAUCGUCUUCCUGACCGAAACCUUUAUUAAGGCUGGCUGCAGCCCCUCGCAUAUGGGCAUCAUCGCACCGUACCGGCAGCAGCUCAGGAUCAUCAAUGACUUGCUGGCGCGUUCUUCUGUGGGGCUGGUUGAGGUGAACACAGUAGACAAAUACCAGGGAAGGGACAAGAGCCUCAUCCUGGUGUCCUUUGUACGGAGUAAUAAGGAUGGAACUCUUGGUGAGCUCCUGAAAGAUUGGCGACGGCUCAAUGUGGCGAUAACCAGAGCCAAACACAAGCUGGUCCUCCUGGGCAGCGUGUCCUCGCUGCAGCGCUUCCCUCCUCUGGAGAAGCUCCUUGACCAUCUGAACGCCGAGCAGCUGAUAUCCUUGCUCACUUGUGUGGUCACUUGGGCUUGGCUGCUGUAGCUUUGUGUUCUUGAGUGAAUGGAGACUCCUUGUCUUCUUUUUUCGUGGGCAGAUUUCGAAGACUGUUUUGGGGUCUGGGGAAUUGGCUCAGAGGUUAAGAGCACUGGCUGUCUUCCAAAGGUCCUGAGUUUAAGUCCCAGCAACUACCUGGUGGCUCAUAACCAUCUACAGUGAGAUCUGGUGCCCUCUUAGACAGUUUUGAUGGAGGAAGGGAGCGUUUCACAGCUAGUCCUGCCCAGCUAUCAGUGACAUAAUGGUGAUGGGGCCGGGAUGGUCUGGAGCGAGCAAGGGAGAGGAAAGAGCCUCGUCUGCCUCCCGGAACCUGUGUGCGCAGGAGUGGGCUCUACCUUCUGGUUCUCUAGCCCCAGAUAUUUUAUCUUGAUACAAAGCGAAGUGUUAGGUAUAACUGGAAGAAUCAGGCUAGGUGUGGUAUAGAGUGGUAUCUACCUUUGCUCCCAGCACUCAGGAGGCAGAGGCAGGUGGAUCUCUGCAUUUGGGGGCCGGCCUGGUCUACAGAGUGAAUUCAAAGACAGCUAAGGCUUGUAUUAGACCACCUCAAAAAGUGGGGGAGGUGGUGGAGGGCUGGCCAAGGCUGCCCUAGAACUCUUGAAGUUGCUGUGUCAGCCUCCUGCUUGGUGGGUUGGAGGCAUGUUCCAUAAUGCCUGGCACUCGUUCAUAGACUCAGAGGCAGUCUCUAUGGAACCCUGGCCCGUAGACUCCGAUCCUCCCCAGUGGUGUGUUAAAGCCAGUCCUUAAACUGUGGUUCUCAUCCCCUUUGUGGGUGGUAAAUGACCCUUUCACGGGGUUCACAUACGAGAUAUCCUGCAUAUCAGAUAGUUACAGUACAGUUGAUAAUAGUAGCAAAAUUACAAGUAUGAAGUAGCAGUGAAAUAAUUUUAUGUUUGGGGUCACCACAACAUGAGGAAGUGCGUUAAAAGGUCGCAGCAUCAGGAAGGUUGAGAAGCACUGUGUUAAAGUUUGCAUUACUUUUCAAAUUGGUCUAUGAGGUAAAGUCUCAGGUAUCCCAGGUUGGCCGUGGAUUGACCAUAACUGAAGGUGACCUUGAAGUUCUGGUCCUUCACUGCCUGGUAUUCAGGAAUGGGCCACCACACCUGGCUUUCUGUUAUUUUUUUAAGUAGAUUAUCCUCCCGUGGGGGCUCAUGUUUGCCCAGGUUAUCAUCCAACUUCCUGUAUAACAAACAAUGGUCUUGAACUCCUGACCCUCCUGCCUCCACCUCCCAAGGACUGAGGCUACAGAUGUGCACUGCUGUGCACAGGUAUUCAUUGAAUCUAUUUUCCUCAAUUUGUCUUACAUCGUCGACCUGCCAUCACGAGAGCAUGAGAGUCUCUGCCACAUACUGGGCGACUGUCAAAGAGAAUGAAGCCCUGCGCUGCCUCCGUGUCACAGGCAUUGACGGUGUCACGUGAUGACCCAGCUUGGGUUUGCUGGGAAUGCCAGGAGUAAACUGAAGAUGACUUUUAGCUAAAGACUAAAUGACUCUCAUGUACUCUCUUCAAAGUUCCGGGUCUUUCAAAGACUAAAUGACUCUCAUGUACUCUCUUCAAAGUUCCGGGUCUUUCUCUUCUGUCACCAUGCAGAAUUUUACCUGAAAAGUAAUAAUGCAUGGGAAACUGAGAAGUCUUAAUUUGUAAGUACUUCAGGUCUAUCUGUGUGUGACCAAGAAAAAGAGUUUAAGAUUUUCAAGCUUUAAAGGUGGGUUAGUGUUUAACACCUAAGUUUCACUUAUAUCCCCUAAGUUGAGAUCUCAAAAGAGAAACCGGGAUGUCAGGUCUGCUUACAAGGUCAGAUGGAUCUGCUUGUCUUCACUUGAAGCCGCUCUGUGCUAAG